AUGGAGCUGAGCCCCUGCGGGUCAGGGGACCCCAAGGUGCCGGUGCUGUACGAGGUGGAGCGCACACGUACAGGGAAGAGCUUCUCUGUCCGUUCUGUGAAGGCCAUCCAGCACGGAAAGCCGAUCUUCACCUGCCAGGCCUCCUUCCAGCUCUCCCAGGGGAGCCCCGUGCAGCACCAGUUCACCAUGCCGGCCGUGCCACCCCCGGAGGAGCUGCUGACACAAGAGGAGCUCAUCCAGAAGUUCCUGCAGAAUCCGAACUUGGCAGAGAGGUACCGAAAGCGUCUCAACAAGAUUCAAGCCCAGGAUGUGCCUAUUGAUAUCAAGCCCGUGAACCCACCAGAUAUACUCUGCUCAGAGCCACAGGAGCCGAAGCAGCUGUUCUGGGUCCGAGCUCGAGGCUAUAUAGGGGACCCCAAGGUGCCGGUGCUGUACGAGGUGGAGCGCACACGUACAGGGAAGAGCUUCUCUGUCCGUUCUGUGAAGGCCAUCCAGCACGGAAAGCCGAUCUUCACCUGCCAGGCCUCCUUCCAGCUCUCCCAGGGGAGCCCCGUGCAGCACCAGUUCACCAUGCCGGCCGUGCCACCCCCGGAGGAGCUGCUGACACAAGAGGAGCUCAUCCAGAAGUUCCUGCAGAAUCCGAACUUGGCAGAGAGGUACCGAAAGCGUCUCAACAAGAUUCAAGCCCAGGAUGUGCCUAUUGAUAUCAAGCCCGUGAACCCACCAGAUAUACUCUGCUCAGAGCCACAGGAGCCGAAGCAGCUGUUCUGGGUCCGAGCUCGAGGCUAUAUAGGAGAAACUGACAUGAAGGUUCACUGCUGUGUGGCUGCCUACAUCUCUGACUACGCCUUCCUGGGCACAGCCCUGCUCCCGCACCGGCAGUACCGCAUCCCGUUCAUGGUGUCCCUUGACCACUCCAUGUGGUUCCACGCACCCUUCCGAGCGGACCACUGGAUGCUGUACGAGUGUGAGAGCCCCUGGGCUGGCGGGUGCCGGGGACUGGUGCAGGGGCGGCUGUGGCGCAGGGACGGGGUCCUGGCUGUCUCCUGUGCGCAGGAAGGAGUCAUCCGGGUAGAGCAAACACGAAACCAGAGCAAGCUGUAGCUGAGGGACCCCUGUGGGCUGGG